AAUAAGUUUAAAAUGGAAAUAUUAGAUGCUCUCUUUAGCAAACAUUAGUGGAUCUGGAAAAAGAUUUCUUAAAGGAAAAUGAUUGCACUGUCUUAAGUUCCGUGUGCUUUUAGUUUUUUUCUAUUUCUUCCAAUUGCAUGAUGUGAAUCAGUUUUUUGGUUUUUUGUUUUGUGAAAAUUCUUUUGUGUUUCCACUCACAAGUUUUUAUAUAAUAUGGAAAAGCACUUGGUUCAUUAUUUUAGGCCACAAUAAGGAAAAAGGUGAGAGAGUUAAAUGGAGAAAUGAUUCUCCACUUAUAUAGUUUAUGGGAAAAAGCUCAAAUAAAGAACAAUUUAACCCUUUAAAAGACUUACUGUAGGUAUUUGCUUUUGUUUAAAGUGGGUGUUUUUGCUAUGCAAAUGAUAUCAUCAUCCUUAUUAAUCCUGUCUUUGAUCUUUGUUUGGAAUUGGACAACUUAAAAGGAACUGGAUUCUAAACUAGGUAUGGACACAGACAUACGGGACAUUUAGACACGGAAAUUGCGAAACAGUAUGUAAAAAUGAAGUUUCGUGUCCGAAAUACUUUUGAAAUAGGACACGUUGAUUGAAUGAAGUGUCCGUGCUACCUAGAUUCUAAAUACAGGAGUUUUUGCAUUUUGUAUAUUUUCUCUGCUAUUAUUAUUAAAGAUGACAUGAGUUCAGCAUUCAAUUUGUUUAUCAAAUCUUGAUUUUACAUCACAGAGAAGAUUUUGCGUUGCCCGUGAUUCUCUUAGUUCUGGAGUUGAACUUCUAAAAUGGUUUAGAUCAGUUAAGAAGACACUUUAAGAAGUCGAAUUGAGAAAUUCAAUGGCUGUAAUAGCAACAUGAUCUCGACGUGUACUAUAUCAGAAUAUGACCUAGGAGGAGAAGGGGAUCUAUUCAAGGCUGCCGAAGCUAUCAUUGAAGAGCCACUUCUUGAUCUUGAUCCCAUGACAGCAACCAUUUCAAUGAUCUCGUGCGGUGAAGAAGUCAUCUCCUCACAAGGAUUGAAGGUGGCAGAUAUCGAAUCAAUCCAAAAUGAGCAACUUCUGAGUGAGGUUUAUUAUGAAUGCAAAAAAGACCUCAUGGAAAAAACUAAUAUAGAUAUAUCACUCUCUGAGAUUCUAGACAUCAAGAUUCCCAUGGCGAUGACUGAAGAAAACCAGAUUCAAGAGAACAAAUUCCUUUCUGAGGCGCCAUUGCCGAAAAGUGUAAGCUCAGGAUGCCUGAGCUCAAUGGAUUGGGUGCAUGGAUCUGCAGUGAAACCGAAUUUUUUAGACUUUUCAGGAAUGGAUCUCGGAGCUGUUUAUGGGAUGAGACGAGCAUACAGUGAGGGAGACAUAAAGACUCUUGGAAAUGGAAAUGGAAAUACAAGCCUCGUUCAAUCUCCCCUUGAUCGGCCAGUAUUUAUCACCAGCUGCACUUCUGAGGAUCGGUGGGAGAAGCUUUCCAGGUACAGGAACAAGAAGACUAAGAGGAAUUUUGGCAGGAAAAUUAAGUAUGCAUGCAGAAAAGCUCUUGCAGACAGUCAACCAAGGAUCCGAGGAAGGUUUGCAAAGACGGAAGAAUCCGAUGUAUUUAAGAUGCAAUAACUUCUUACUAAUGCAUGAAUAAAAGGAACGGAAGGAAAUAGUUUAGUUCCAAUGCGUAGCAGCAUAAGCCUGGAAAAUAGAUUUGACGGAAGCUAAAACGAGUAUUGUUAAAUAAAUCAGAAUCCCCCUCCCCCCCCCCCCCCCCCAACUAUUGCAAAGUAGCUGAUCUUUUAUUUGCUGUAGUAACCAAAUUGCCAAAAGUAGAGUUGUACAUAGUGUUUGUGUUGAAUAAUAAGAGGUAGCAGAAUGCAGGAAAGCUGUACUUGUUCAUAUAUAAAUAUGUUAUGCAAUGAAUUUUGGUUAUAGCUUU